ACGCACCACGUCCACAGGCAUCCAUCGAAAUCUUUCUCAUCGGCUCCUACCAGCACCACGCCAGGCAAGAAGAAAGCCACGACACCUCCUCUACUGUUCCUUAUCCGUGUCCCGUAGCUAGCCAGCAAUCUGCGCAGCAAGAAAAGAAGGGAGGUACUUGGAUCGCUUCUUCUGUGGAGAUGGUGGCGCCCAUGGUGAUCGCGUCCGCGGGGCUCGGGAUGCUGGCGGGCGUGGCGAUGGCGAACCGGACGACCAGGGACGGGCUGCCGGCGGCGUCCAGAUGGGACGCGCGGCCACGUUGCUCCACGUGCAGCGGCACCGGCCGGGAGGAGUGCCUCUGCAGCCGUUGGUCCGACGGCGACGUCGGCUGCAGGACGUGCUCCGGCUCCGGCCGCAAGCGGUGCCGCAGCUGCGGAGGCUCUGGCACCGGCCGGCAGCUCCCGGUUCGACUCAUCGCCCAGCAGCAGAAGCUGCCGACCGCGCCCGGGCGACGCGGAUACUAGAACUGAUAUUCGUCGGUUUCCCGGAGUAAAUCAGAGGUGCAGUUAGGCAGAACACAACACAUGAGCAUGAGUGUAUAGGCAACAACAUGUUCAUUCCUGUGGAUGUACACGUCUCCUUCAAGACGUAGGAGUACUAGUUAUGCAUAAAACAUUUUUAGAGCUCCUUUGAUACAAAUGAAUUUUAUAGAAAUUUUAGAGGAUUUAUAUCCUCUGGGAUCUUUCCUGCAUUGGCAGUUACAUGAUUGCAAUUCUUUGGAAUUUUUCCUUUGGAUUUGCAUUCUAUUUUGGAGGCAAAUUUCCAUCCGCUCAAUCCCUUUGUAAGAAUUCCAUCGUUUUUCCUAUGCUAUCAAGAACUCCUUCAUCCAAA